GGCUAUUUCUGACUGGAGAAGACAGCACUAAAGUUAUAAAUAAAUUCGCACGUUCCUGUUUAUCUUGAGGCAGUCACUUAUGUAUAUAUUCAUAAAAGCUGUUAAGCUACCCGUACAGUAGGUAUGACCGAGAAGUCUGACGAAAGGCUUGCCGAUAGCAGCAACGGAAAAGCAAUGGGGUCUGGCAACUUUGUCGGCACCCUCUGUCAAACUCAGUGGGCUUUGAAGCGUUACGCUCGUUUUAUAGCUGGUGCCGCCACAUAUGGCUCCACAAAAACAGCAGAUAGUUGCGGGUCGUCCUGGAAGGUGUUUGAAUCUGAUGAAAAUUCUGGAAUGAUUAUAUUAACUGUGGUUGAAUCUGGGCAUUUCCUUAUUUCUCAGGGACCAGUCCUUUUGGAAGGGUUUUCACUAAUUGAGGCACAUAAAUGGAUGAAAAUAGUCCGAAGGCUAGAUUGUUUACUGUUUGGCUCAAAAAUUCAAAAUGAGAGCCGCAUGUUUAGGGUGCAAUUCAGUGGAGAUUCUAAAGAGGAGACGGUGGAACACUGUUCUAGCUGUGUGAAGCAGCUACAGCAUUACACAUCUAUUCAAAUUACUGAGGGAAACAGCAAGGAAGCAACACAAUCUCAGAUCCAGGGUACUAGCAGUGUGAGCUUGCUAAGAAAGAGAUCAGAGACAGAUGUAGCCCCAGAACAGCAAAAGACAGAAACAUCCACAGCUGAGCCUCAGGAAUUUUCACAGAUUAACAUGACACAAGGUCUGCCUGUAAGACAACUAGCAAAGUCAAUGUUGAAAGAAUGUAGACUGCCACUUCCUACUGCAUACCAAAACUGUUCUGCAUGGAAUGCUGGGGAUCUUGGUCCUUUUCUACACCUGUGUCUCUUAGAUCAGAGUUUUCCUGCUUUUGUGGAGCAAGUAGAAAAAGAACUAAGAAAACUGACUGAAGAAUGAACACACCUUCUAAGAGUGUUAGCAAGUGAUUUCAGAUUUUUUUACUGAUACUCUAAUACAAGGCAGUGAACUAGUAUCGAGUAAAGAGCAGCUAUUAUUUUUUAUUAUUGCAGGUAUGAGAGGGAGCUUCUGUUCCUCGGACUGAUUUAUGGGGUUGAGGGGAGGACUUUUGUGUAGCGCUGUAUAUGUAAAACUUUAAAUCUGAAUAAAUCUGAUAUUUGCUGCGCAUCAG